CUGAAACUAAAGGGAUGCCCCACGUUGUCUUAUUCCUCCAUUAUUAUAUGCGGGUUAACGCUGGGUACACACGCCAGGAUCGCUAUACAAUCCACAUCUGCUAACAAUAGUGUGUAGUGUACUGUACUUAAAUACACACUCACGGUACCAGUAUUUUACAUAAAAUGCUACUUUAUACAGGCUAAUCCUCCACAUUGUUAUUGUGUUACUCAGCUGGACUAGUUACUUAUCAGAUACAGACUACACUUCCUGUCAGGGAAAGCCAUGUAUCUCUAUAAACGUUGGGAUGUCGUCAAUGUUUCUCAUCGCUGGUCCGCACUCCGAAGUGAAGGUGGCGGUAGUGUCUAAUGCGCUGAAGGCCAGCCUCCCUAAAAAGUCAAGAAGAAGAAGAAGAAGGACGAAGAUGGAGAACUAUGAAAGUAAGCUAAUUUGGUAAACAGACAGCUAGCUGGCCCUUAACAGCUUGGCGUUAAACAAUGAACCAGUCAAGAUGGGGCAGACCCUGUGCAUAUGCUCCCGUGGCUCGAUCACCAUUGAGAACAAAACAUAUUACUUUGUCCAGAAACUAGACGAAGGGGGAUUCAGUUAUGUUGAUCUGGUGGAGGGGGCAAAGGAUAGGCGCUUCUACGCCUUGAAGAGGAUCCUGUGCCACGACCGCGAAGGCCACCAGGAGGCUCAGACCGAAGUGGAGAUGCAUCAGAUUUUUAAUCACCCCAACGUCUUGAGUCUGGUUGCGCACACCUUUGUUGAUCGUGGAGGCAAGACUGAAGCCUGGUUACUUCUGCCUUAUAUCAGAAAAGGAAGUCUGUGGUCUGUUCUGGAGAAGCUAAGAGACAAGGGGAGCUCAAUGCCUGAAAAACAGGUUCUGCGAAUUCUACAUGGCAUCUGCUCUGGACUCGAGGCCAUUCAUGAAAAAGGCUAUGCACACAGAGACCUGAAGCCCACAAAUGUGCUUUUGGACGAGGAUGACAGGCCGCUUCUGAUGGACCUGGGCUCUAUGAACCGGGCCAGGAUUGAGGUGAGAGGAACCAGAGAAGCCAUGACCAUUCAGGACUGGGCAGCCCAGCGGUGCACCAUUUCUUACAGGGCUCCUGAACUCUUUAAUGUAGAGAGCCACUGCAUUAUAGACGAGUGCACUGAUAUCUGGUCACUCGGCUGUGUACUUUACUGCAUGAUGAUGUUGGAGGGGCCGUAUGACAUGGUAUUCCAGAAGGGGGACAGCGUUGCCCUUGCGGUCCAGAAUCCAGUGACCAUCCCACAGUCUUGCAGAUACUCGCAGGGCCUGCAGAUGCUGCUGAGCUCCAUAAUGGUGUCAAAUCCCCAGGAGAGACCAAACAUCAGCUGGGUUCUUGACCAUGUACACGACCUGCAGAGUCGCAGCCCCAACACCCAAUACAACAUGGUCUGAUCUUGCUCCGGAUGUAGGAUCUUGGAAACCUUUGCACACAUAAAUGAACGUCUAUUAUUUUUAGCUUAAUAAUAUUGAUUUUAUUUAUAAAAACCUAGGUGCAGACUUUCACUAAGUUUGGGGAGCUCUGCAACAUUCUGAAUCUGAAAGGCCCUGCAAUAUAGUGCAUAAUGCAUCUAAUAAUUAAGUGGCUUCACCAUGUACCCAUUUUUAUGUCGUUCAAUGAAGCUGGAUCGAGCAGCCUGUCAUCUUAGCUUAGCAUAACUACUGGGAGGUGGGGAAUAGGCUGGCCUUCUAAAACUCUAGUUAUUAUAUUAAAAACAACAAUGGUGCAUGGUUCUGUGAAUAUAAUAUGUUGGUUAGUGAGCUUUAGAGGUGCUGGUAUGCUGAUUGUGUUACCAGGCGGUCUGUUACCCUCCUUUUAGACGUUAUGCUAAGUUAAACUAACAGUCUUUGAAAAAAAAGAUAUUAUAGCGGUUAAUAUUGUAGUUUUUAAUAAGAAAAGGGAUAACAAAAGAGCUUUGCCAAACUUUCCGGGGUGUGAAAGCUAUCCAGGUUCAAUACAUAUCAUAUUUUAUUCCCUAUCUUAAAGGACUGGUCCAGUUCCCUUCAUUUUUUAAAAUUUUUUUUAUCUUGAUUCCUCUGUUUUGAGCGUGUGUAACAUAGUGUGGUUACACAUGUGUGCUGUAACCAUGGAUACACGACUGUGUCUUCAGCUUUCCUCAAACCUUCACUUGUACUGUUUGUCUCUACGGGUGUAGAGUCAAGAGGCAGAGUUCUCCUCACCUGCAAUGCUGCAUUUAAACACACAGCGGUGCUCCACCAUCACACUCCCCUGCUGCACAUAUCAACAUGCUGAUGACACUGUGUGAACGGGCUCUCGGUCCAACACAGCAAAGAGUGUGUGUGUGUGUGUGUGUGUGUGUGUGUGUGUCUGCAUAAAAAGAAAAGAAAGAAAGGGGUCAGUCACUUAAACCAUUGAAUAAUAACUUUUAAUCAGUUUAAGGAAUAACUUGAUUUUAUUAAUGAAGUCAAAGUCCUUGUCAUAUUAUAUCUGCCAUUGCACUUUUCACUGUCUUGUCUUUUUAAACAGUUUUUCUUCCUUUGCAGCUCUGCUUGUUUUAAAUUCUGGGUUUUCCUGUCGUGUGAAUGUGCUCUCACACUUUUGUUCUCUCAGGGUUCUCCCACAUCUAAAAGGGCCUGGCAGUCUGAAGCAGUAGACCUGAAUGGUACCUGUGUAUUGCAUUAUUAGAGAAAAUAAUACUUUGGGCUUUUAAUUUAAGAUGAAUGCUUUUGUGACUGUUAUGCGGCGAUAUUGGUAAGAACUAAAAACACUAAAUCCUUGGUAGUUAACUUAUACAGUUAAUUGUUGGAAUGGUUAUUGGUAUUCUGUUUAAAUAUAUUAUCUUUUUAAUGCUAAUUUUGGAUAUGUCAGAUGACUCUGAAUGUUUGUUUUUAAUGGUGGGCUAAUACUGAUAUCAUGCAGCUGGUAAACUAAGGAUUUCUUUAAGUGUAAUGAUGAAGUUCAUAGAUUAUAAGUAAGAGUGUGUUAUUUGAUUAUGGAAACAUGUGUUGGGAUUCUGUUUCAUCUCUUAUUUAUUGCACAGUAAAGGAUAAAUAAACGUGAAAUAUGGAGCACUCUG